ACCAAUGAUGUCAUCAGUAGCGCGCAGCGUUGCUGUUUACUCUUUCGUACAAAGAGCGCGACUGCAUUCAUUGAUUGAAGUGAAAAUCCUCGUAAUGCACAAUUUGGUUUAUUUGCAAAUUCGUGGAAAAUAAAGGCAAAGCUGCCGUGUGUGCUAUUAUCUUACUCUGGUGUAAAACUGCAGGUAAAAGGCGGCGAGCUGGCGCAGGUAGCAGGUUGCCAGUGGACUAUGAGAGACAGCGGUGGAAGCCUGGCCCAGAACCGCUGGCAAGGGGAGCUCUCUUUGACUGUGAGCCAGGAAGCCAGCAGUGUUGGGGGCAUGGGAGGAGGUCUAAUGGAUCCAAACUCCCCUCCCAAUGCUACCAGCCCCAUUCACCUCAAACUAGGUCACAAGGAGCAAGUCUGGACUGGAGAGUACAUAGAACCAGUAGAGCUUCUUGAGGAAGAAGCUGGAUUUGAUGAGAAUGAAGAAGAUAUGGAAGAAGAAGAACAAGAAGAACAAGAUGAGGAAGAGAUCGAUUCUGAAUGUGAUCCAUGGGAGGAAAAAGAUGAAGUGGAAGACUGGCAAAUGCCAUUUGAAUCACAACCGCAAGCCAUGUUGGCUAAUAAUAAUCGGCAGCAGAUGUCCUCACAUGAAGGGGAGGCCAAAUUCCAAGCCAGAGACUUUCCUGAGAAUCCCUUCCAGAUUCGGCUUCAUGGACUUAGACAGCAAAGGCUGAAGCGAUGGCGAAGACUACGGUCUAGUGCUAGAUUACGCAACCGGCUUGUGCAGAAUUGGAAAGCGUGGAGACAACGGGCCCAGUGGGUCGGCACCUUAGGGUAUCUACGGGCAAGGAGGUGGCGCCAGUAUAGCCUUUAUGCCAGCAAGAGACGGGAUGAGAAGGGAUGUGACACCAUGGGCUCAUCACAAACCAGUUUGGAGACAAGUGGAAGAGAAACAGAAAACCGUUUCUCUGGUUUCAAUGGUUAUCAUGGGGAUUCUCAGUCAAGUUCAUCAGUCAGUGGGAGUCGAAAAUAUCUUUCUAUGCCCCUGAAGCCCACCACUCAGAGGAUGGAGAUGACCCUUUCAGAGGAGCACAGGUCUUAUGUCCAAGCUCUUCUUGAUGAGUACCUUCAAAAGUAUGGAAGUCUAAUUCCCGUACAUUCAGAUGAUAUUGUUGAGGAACUGAAGGGCAUCUUCAAUGAGGACUUCUCUCAGCCCCACAGGAAAGUCAUGGUGCAACAUUUAAUUCAGUCCUACCACAGAUCACCAGGGACUGCCAUGGUGAAAGGGUUUCGGGUGAAUUACAAGCGUCAUGUUCUGACAAUGGAUGAUUUCAGCACCCUCUAUGGACAGAAUUGGCUCAAUGACCAGGUCAUGAACAUGUAUGGAGACCUUGUGAUGGAUUCUGUGCCUGAAAAGGUGCACUUUUUUAACAGUUUCUUUUAUGACAAGUUGAGGACCAAAGGCUAUGAUGGAGUGAAACGGUGGACAAAGAAUGUGAUUCAACAGAAAAAUGUUUUACUAGCUAAGAAGAUCAGCACAUUUCGAGUUUCAUCUCCCUAUCUGAUGUGAGGAAGCUGACUCUGAAAGAAAAGCAAGCAAUUUGGAUCCUAAAAGAAAAGAGGAAGUCAAUUAGAACUAUAGGAAAAACAAAGGGCAUGGAGAAAUCAAGAGUUUGAAAACUCCUUGCAACAUCAGCAACCAUCGACGAUCUAAUCGGCUGAGAAAAACAACAGUAGUUGAUGACAGACAAAUCAUAAAAGCUGUGAAAAUGAACCCUAGAAUACGUGUAUGCAAAAUCACCAGCAGCCUCCAGAAAGCUGGGGUGAUGCUCUGUCAGUCUCCAGUCUGCAGGAGAAUCUGACACAGAAGCUACACAGCAAGAUGAAAACCUCUGAUCAGCACCAAAAAUAUUAAGGCAAGAUUCUUCACAAAUGUGAGCCAGUAGAGUUUAGGAGUUGAUGGACCGAUGAGACAAAGAUUAACCUUUAUCUAAUACCGCGAUCCAUGCAACCCUUAUACCAGUGAAAGGGCACUGGAACGGCAGUCAAACCUGUGACUUACCACCCGUGAACUCAUACUAGAUAGAUGUACUCCCAGUUCCCAGCUCUGACGUCACAUAGCCCACGAAACAACAAUGGCAGAACCUACGGAUAAUAUUGCCUAUGGAUGCAGUGUGUAUGAUUUAUGAUCUUAGGACAAUAUAACAUUGCAUCAAGCAUUAAUAAUCUCGCUACAAUUCCUUGCGGUCUGGAAGUUUGGUGUGACUUGCCUGGGACGCUAAAAAGUUGUGAGUCGUGGUUUGAAGACAUGACUUACGGGCUCAAAAACCUGCCUGGAAUGCAGCAUAAGUGAUUGGAAAGCAAAAGUGUGAUGGGGAAAAAAGGGAACUGUAGAUGAUCCUUAGCAUACAACCUCAUCUGUAAAGCUUGGUGGAGGUGGUGUCAUGGCAUGGGCAUGCAUGGCUGUCUCAAGAACAGGACCUCUUAAUUUUAAUGAUGACUUAAUGUAUGAUGGCAGUAGUAGAAUGAAUUUGUAAGGGUACAAAAACAUCUUGGCUACUAAUAUUCAAGAAAAUUCCACCAAACGUAUUAGAAAGCACUUCAUAUUGGAUCAGGACAAUGACCCAAAACACCCUGCCAGUUCAGUCAAGGACUGAUCAGGGCAAAGAAAUGUGAAGUCUUAGAUUGCCCAAAUCAGUCUCCAAAUUUAGAUCUGAUUCAACAUUAAUUUCACCAUCUGAAGAGGAGACUGAAGACACAAACUCCCCAAACAAGCAACAGUCGGAAUUGGCUGCAUUAAAGGCUUGGGGAAAGCAUUUCAAAGCAUAAUACCAAAAGUCUGGUGAUGUCUAUGGGUUGCAGACUCACAGCUUUGAUUGCAUGCAUGGGUUCUGCAACUAAAUAUUAGCUUUUAAUCUUUUACAUCUGCCAUAAAUUGUUCCAAUACUUAUGUUCACGUCAAAUAGUGGGAUGAACUAUCAAAGUGCUGUCCUUUUUAUUUGGUAAAACAUGUAUGUGUCGAAAGACCUAUUAAUAAAAUGUGACAGUCUG